CAAGCAAAGCAAGCAAGAGUUUGCACAGUUUUAGUUUGCUGUCUUCAUCAAUUACUUCUUCAAACUCCAUUUUCCCACCAGGCAGCCAUCACAGGUCCACUCCAUUAACUCCAUCUUUUCUGUGCUUCCCAAUAAUCAUCUUCUUCCAACUGUUCUUGACAGCCUCCUCUCACCUACACUCUCCCUUUUUUUCUCCUCUCCGGCCCAGCAUUUUCACUUGUAGCCACUAAAGGAUUACAAGAAGGGCAUUGCAAUAUUUUGCAAUCUUUCGCCGUCAUCCUCUGCUUCUAGUUUCUGUGUUCGUAGAUGGGCUGCUCUGCUUCGCGCUCGCAUGAGUUUAUUCACCACCGGAACCCGUCGAAUUCGGGUUCUUCGCGCCCACAGUCGCCGUAUUCGUUUUCCGAUUCCGGGUCGACUCCGGUUUCCCGGACACUUUCCCUGCCGACGCCGCUCGUUCACCACCCGCCUCUCCGGAGAGGCGACACCAACCACCUGGUGUCGCUCACCUCCACCACGUACGGCUCUCUUGUGCUGAUUGACCGUCCCCGAACCCCAAACCCUAACCCUAAUUUCAGUGGUCCGGAGGGCGGGAACCCGAAUGCCCAGAUGGGGAAACCCGAAAAUGGUGGGACUGACUCAGUAAUCAACACUUGGGAGCUCAUGGAAGGCCUGGAUGAUGAGUUUGGUUUUCAUGUAGUGGAGUCUCCUAAGAAGCCCAGUGUGAAAAUUCUUGAAAUUGAAGAAGAAUUUGAUGUGAAGUCCUAUGAGUUUGUUGAGCACUCAGAUUCAAAGCCAUUGUGGAAGCACUUGUCUGAAGAGUCCUUGCUGGCUAAGAUGGAUCCUAAUGUAGCUUUGAGCUAUAGGAAAGCGUUGUCGGCUAAACAGUUGGGAUGUAGAGAGGGGAAAGAUAUGUCACAACCGAAAACAGCGAAAUCUCAAGUGUGCAAUGACAAGAGUUUAUUUAGCUUGGUGUUGCCCGAGUCUGACAGUAAUGUUCGGCUAAAGGGCUGUGGCGAGGAGAGGAUUGUUCUGUACUAUACGAGUUUAAGAGGAAUUAGGAAGACCUAUGAAGAUUGUUGUAAUGCCCGGGUGAUCUUUAAAGGGUUUCGAGUUUGUGUAGAUGAAAGGGAUAUAUCCAUGGACUCAUCAUAUAGGAAGGAGUUGCAGGGCAUGUUGGGCGAGAAAGGGAUUAGUUUGCCACAGGUGUUUAUUAAGGGGAGGUACAUUGGUGGAGUGGAGGAGAUUAAACAACUUAACGAGUCAGGCGAAUUGGCUAAGCUUUUGGAAGGGUUCCCCGUCAAGCAUCAUGGACUCGCUUGUGAGAGUUGUGGCGAUGCAAGAUUCCUGCCAUGCCCGAAUUGCUAUGGGAGUCGAAAAGUGUUUGAAGAGGAUGAAGGGAAGUUGAGGAGGUGCCCAGAUUGCAACGAGAACGGACUGAUUCGAUGCCCCAGCUGCUACCCUUAGAACGUAACGUACCUCUCGUUGACUGAUUGGUGGCAAACAUUCUUCAUCAAUUUUUUUGUGAGGAUACUUGAGAAUGGUACAACAAUGUAUUAUUCUAAAUUAUCUGUGUAUAUUGUGCUCUAGACCUGUCUAUCUCAUCUCAUCAACUGUUUAUAUUAUCUAGCUUGUGGCCGGUUAUGUUCAUCGUCUCUUUGAACAAUUCCAAGGAAUAAAAUGCUAACUAUUUAUAUCUGCAUUGCUGCUCAUCUACCUGCUUGGGUAGAUAGAUUCUUGUUGGAUACCGAUGACAUGUCUGUCUGCUGUAACUUUAACUAAUGUAGGCCUAUGAUUCCAAAUCACAGAUACAGUUAAGCUGUACAAUGAGGCAUUCUUUAGUUCUUCUGUCUGAUUUUCA